AUGCAAGAUAAUACAGCUGCUGUAGAAGAGGAAAAACCCCUCAUUUUCGGCCAAGAAAUUGCUGAAUCAUUGGUUGAGAUUCAGUUCAGUGAGUUUGAGAGGAUACUGUUGGACUACUCAUGGCAACGUGCCACGCCUGAAACCUUGGAAAUUGGCAGAGGUGGGGUUGGCCCAUUCGCUGCAUCCCUCAAAGAAAAGAUUAACCGAAUGUUUGGUGGAGAGCAUGAACACUUGGAGAGCAAUGAGGGUGAUCCUGAAGGAUGUCAUUGCUGUUGGUAUCGGUGGCAGCUUCUUAGGUCCUCUUCAAACAGAUCCAAAGUUUAUCGAAACAGCAAGGGGAAGGCAACUGCAUUUUUGGGUGCGUUAAAGGAUUAUAUGCGUAUUUUUAUCAGAGGAUGGAUGAUUCUGGUCGAAGGGUAUUCUAAUAAUUUGCUUUACCCUGUGUGCAGUCUUGCAAACGUUGAUCCUAUUGAUGUUGCGAGAAAUAUUACAGGGUUAAAUCCAGAAACUACCCUUGCUUAA